GUAAGUUACUUGGUUACUAGAUAGCAAUUAGGUAUAUAGUGAGAGCGGGAAAAGGUGAUCAUUGCGUUUCCAUGCAAAAAAUCAGGUGUCACUCCCCCACUCCUCCUCUUCCUCUCUCACUACACAACUCCUUAAUUUCCUUAAGCUCUUCUCAUUACCCAGUUUCUUUACCAUAAUCUCUCUCUCUCUCUCUCAAUCUGACACCUUACUACAUUUCCCUAUUUAGGCUUCUCAGAAGUUCCUUUUCUUUGGCUUCUUCUUCAAAGCUUUUUUUUCUGGUCAUCAACAAUGGAGGGUAGUUCUCGAGAUAGAGAAUUAGGCCGCCAAACUGGUUAUUACGACCCGACGACCCGGUUUGGUUAUCCGGGUCGGUAUGGAAUACGGACAAUCACUCCUUCUUACUGCUCCGAUGUACGUGAAGAAUCUUCUUCUUUGGAAACCCUUCAAUGGCGGAACACAAUGCUUCAUCGUCCGUACAUGGCGGAAGGGGAAAUGGGUUAUCGGAAGAGCGAGUUUCAUGAGGGUUUGGAUCGUACUGUGUUCUCUGGGUAUUCUAAUGGUCUGUUAAUGUCACCAUUGGGAAAACUCGAUGUGGGUAUUCAGAAAAAUGAGAGCUUUAUCAAUUUUGAUAACUCUUUGUACGGUCAAGGACAAGGGUUUCUUCAUCCACUUGAUAAGAACAAAGAAGUGGUUCAACUUCAAUCUCAUCUUGGUAUUGGUAGUAGGUAUGUGAAAGAAGAUUCUCUUGGAUAUUUUAAUGAUGUUUCACAAUCCCAUGGAAAUGGUGAAAUGGGUUAUUUGAUUGAUGAUCAUGUUGGGGAAAACUUUAGGACCCAACAACAACAAGGUUGUUUGAGUAUGAGACCUAGUAAUGUUGAUUCUAUUAUUGUUCAUAAUUUUGAUAAUGUUGCUAACAACAACAACAACAACCCUUUUGGUCAAUCUUCAAGACAAGGUAGUGCUGUUUUUAGUAAUGAAUAUGAUGAUGUGAAAGGAGGUUUGUUUAGAAGGGAUGACCAAGAUGAGGAAGUGUUGGGCUUGAAAAGGAGGCUUGUUGAUUAUGAAGGUUCAAACUAUGGUGGGGAUAGUGAGAUUUCAUGGUUGGGAAGAGAAAAAGAUGUUGUUGGUAGCUUGAACAGGUUAGUAGCUAUGCCAGAGAGUGAUGAUAGAGUUUUGCAUCAUCAGAGGAUUGAGAGGGAUGACCAAUAUGAAAGGUUGGUUAGAAGAAAAGGUAAGAAGAAAAAGAGUAUGAAGAGAAGGAUUAAUGAUGACUCUAAUGGUGGUUCUUAUCAGUGCCAUGGAUAUGGGGGAUUUGAUAACAAAGCUAGAGGAGAUGUAAAGAAGCGUUUAGGGCCUAUUCAAAAGGAUCCCAUUUCGGUAUCAUUUCGCGGGAGACUUGAACCGAGUAAUAAGGUGUUCUUGAAGAGGAAAAAGAAAGAUUCCUUGAGGAAAACAACUGAUAACAACAUUAAUGGCUCUUUGGAUAAGGUUGUAAAGCCUUCAAAGACUCCGGUUUCUGAAGAUUCAGAUGAAUUCCACAGGCUGGUUGAAAAAGCUUUCUUUAAGUUCAUUAAGAAUUUGCAUGAACACCCAGCUCAACGAAGAAAAUAUUUAGAUCAAGAAGGGGAAUCUACUUUGAAGUGUUGCGUGUGUGGCAGCUCCAAAGAGUUUUUAUGUCCAUUGGAGCUGGUCAAACAUGCUUUAACAUCACACAAAAGGGAGCUUAGAGCAGAGCAUUUGGGGUUUCACAAAGCGCUUUGUGUACUAUUGGGUUGGAACAGUGCAACAGCCCCUAAUACUCCUUGGGUUCUGCAGAUUUUGCCUCGUGCCGAAGCCACUGCUUUGAGAGAGGACUUAAUUAUCUGGCCUCCUGUUGUAAUCAUUCAAAAUAUCUCCAUAGCUAAUCGCAAUCUAGAUGAACGGGUGAUUGUUAGCAUUCAAAUGUAUGAAGCUAUUCUUCGAGAUAUGGGAUUUAAUGGGGAGAAAACUAAGGUGUUUCGGGGAAAGGCUGCGAAUCAGAGUAUUUUAGUAGCGAUAUUCAACGCUACACUCUCGGGUUUGCAAGAAGCAGAAAGGCUUCACAAGCAUUAUGCAGAGAACAAACAUGGGAGACUCGAGCUACAACAAACCAACUCAACUGACCAUAAUAACACUCACCGAGAUACUCGAGAAUUGACAGAAUCAGAAAAGUUGGAAAGUGUUUUGUAUGGCUACCUGGGAAUCGUAGAGGAUUUGGAUAAACUCGAUUUCAACAUUAAGAGUCACUGUGUGGUGAGAAGCAAGAAGGAAAUCCAAGCCAUUUCAGAUGCCACACUGUGAACCAAUUGAGAAGUUAGUUUUUUUUGGGUCAAAAUAUAAUAUAGCUAUAGUUUCUUUAAAUGUUUUUGAUUUUGGGGGAACAAUUUAUUUUCCUAUCCUUAAUGAAUAUUAUGUACUAUGUAUGUGUUUGAACAAUCAUCAUGAAUUUUCAAAAUAUAUUUGACAAAGAGGAUUACACUCAAA